AUGGGUGAUCCAAACAGCAUGGAAGAGCUUCAAAGGCUCCUUCAAGAAGCACGACAAAAGGCCGAUAAGGAACGACAACGCGCCGAGGAAGCCGAGAGAGGGCGUCGAGAAGAGCAAAAACGAGCCGAGAAGGAACAGCAACGCGCCGAGAGGGAACAACAACGCGCCGAAGCGUCAGAGCAGCAAACCCAACCCACCACCCUCGACGAAUACAUCACUGGCUGCCACUCCCUUGUAUUCUCCAGCUUCAAUAUUGAACGGAACCAGAAAUUGACCUCGAAGGGCCCCAUCACUAAUCCGCGAAACAAAUGGUGUCCCACAAAUCUUCGACCGUGGCCCGACUUCCUGCACCAACAGAGGAUCACGUUCGGCACCCUCUACGACACCUUCCCUGCCGAUCGUCGCGUUUUCGAGAACCGAUCCUUCCUCUCCGGCUUAGGAAACAGACUCGCGAAGCGCAAGAUAGCAGAUGAGAAGACACUUGAGAACUUCCUCCACCACAGCGUCGAGGAUCCAGUCAAGGCGAUCGUGGAUCAGCUCAAAGAGGUGGAAGAGGUCAGAAGUGCAUUUCAUCUAGGAAACGGCAUCAUUUUCGAGAACCAUGCGCACGCCAUCAGCGACUUGGCUGAGGAGGUUGUCGACCGCGACACUCCAUCGACGCCACCCUCUACGCCAGACCACAGACUCGAUCUCAACCAGUUACGACCCGAUCAGAUCUGCAUCUACCGAUCCGACAACGCUGGCUCGACUAGACGUACGAUGAUCUACAUUUCUGAGUACAAGACGCCUCACAAACUGACCGCGCCGCACCUUCGUCUCGGUCUACGCCCGAUCAAUAUAUACAAGGACGUGGUCAACCGGAAGACGAUCCCGACGUCCGUGGACCCCGAUGCGCGUUUCCAGUAUCAUGCGGAGAAGCUGACUGCAGCCGCUGUCACGCAGACCUACCACUACAUGAUCGAGGGCGGACUCGAGUAUGGUCUAUUGACCACGGGCGAGGCGGUCGUGUUUCUCAAGAUUGACUGGCGGGAGCCCGAGACGCUUUUGUACCACCUGGCAGAGCCGGAUGCGGAGGUGUCGGCGGCCCACCCUGAUCAAUUUCACCUGUGCACGGCAGUAGGUCAGUAUCUGGCCUUUAGUCUCAUGGCGCUUGGUCUGCCGGGUGAGCGACGGUUGCAUGGGCAAGAUGAGCGCCGCCAAGCUACUGAGAAAUUGAAGACGUGGACGGAAGAUUUCGAGACGACGCUACGAUCGAUUCCGGAGGACGAACGACAUGCGCCGAAGAGCUCACCCGGCUACCAACCAGAAGCUUACGAGGGUGUCGACCGAUCUCCUUACCUUCUCCGAGGAAAAAGACGGCGACGUGUGGGGGAUGAGCCCGUGAAGGAACAUGCACAAAGGGAUCCAGGAGAAUCAUCUGAUGACGAGUCAGCGCGCAAUUUUCCAGACACACCGAGCCCGACAGAGCGGCGAUCACAUCGAGGAGGGUCAGGAGGCCAGAGAACUCGACGCAGUCAGCGAAUUCUGGCGCAACGGCCGCGGGGUGGAGGAGGAGGAGGAGGAGGAAGCAACGACAACGAACAAGACAGGCCGUACUGCACCCAAAAGUGCCUUUUAGGGCUCAUCAAGGGCGGUGUCCUCGACCCCAGAUGCCCGAACGUGUCACUUCACAGCAGGCAGCCCAACAAUCACCGCAGCCACUGCCGUGGCCCAAGCCGCACCUGUGCCCGCCAUCCAAUCGAUCACGCUAACUUCCUUGAGCUUCUCUGGGAGCAGCUAGAACGGUCAUUAGACGACGGGAUCACGCCGUUGGGACAGGGUGGUGCGCGCGGCGUACUGUUCAAAGUGAUCUUGCUUGCGUAUGGCUAUACCUUCGUCAGCAAGGGCACGGUUCGGGCAUUUGUUAAAGACCUUGAGCACGAGGCGGCGGUUUACGAACGACUGCGACCCAUCCAAGGCAUACAUGUGCCCGUGUUCCUUGGGGCUAUCAACCUCGGAUUGAUGAACAGGAUUUAUUACUAUGACCACCGAGUCUAUGUGAUGCACAUGACAUUUCUGUCGUGGGGAGGAUAUGAGCUUGAUCCGACAGGGAUUAUGGGCGAUGUGAGUGGUGUGGGUGGUGUGGGUGGUGUGGAGGGUGUGGAGGGUGUGGAGGAACAGCUCGAAGAGAAGGCGAUGCGGUCGUUGCGCGCAAUGCACCAACAGGGAGUAGUCCACAAGGAUGUACGAACGGCAAACAUGCUGUUCAAUGCGGAGGUCAAUGGGGUCAUGAUGAUUGACUUUGAAAGAGCGCUGCUGCUGUUGGAGCCACCUCGACGUCCGUUGGCUCAGCUGGUGCCGAACAAGCGAAGAUGGAAGCCAGAGACAGGAAAUUGCAGCAAGCCGGCGGCGAGGCCAAGUGAUCGAGGUCAAGUCAGCGGGGCAUUUUCCGAGGAUAUUGGGAUGAUGAAGAUGGUAUUCAGAGAGCAUCAUAUUGACAAGCCGUAA